GUUUUGUUUUUCCCCACCCCGUCAAUUUAAUUUUAUUCUUUUGAAGAUUCUUCGUUGUCAAGCCGCCAAAGUGGAGAGUGCGAUUGCAGAAGGGGGUGCUUCUCGUUUCAGUGCUUCUUCAGGCGGAGGAGGUGGUAGGGGUGCACCUCAGCACUAUCCCAAGACUGCCAGCAACAGCGAGUUCCUGGGGAAAACCCCAGGGCAAAACGCUCAGAAAUGGAUUCCUUCACGAAGCACUAGACGAGAUGACGACUCCGCAAACGACAAAGAACGACAUGAUGCAAUCUUCAGGAAAGUAAGAGGCAUACUAAAUAAGCUUACUCCUGAAAAGUUUGACAAGCUAUGCCUUGAGCUCCUCAAUGUGGGUGUAGAAUCUAAGCUCAUCCUAAAAGGGGUCAUACUGCUGAUCGUAGACAAAGCCCUUGAAGAGCCCAAGUAUAGUUCACUGUAUGCUCAACUAUGUCUGCGACUGGCAGAAGAUGCACCCAACUUUGAUGGCCCAUCAGCAGAGAGUCAUCCAGGACAGAAGCAAAGCACAACAUUCAGACGCCUCCUAAUAUCUAAACUUCAAGAUGAAUUUGAAAACCGAACCAGAAAUGUUGAUAUCUAUGAUAAGCAUGAUGGUCCCCUCCUCCCUGAGGAGGAGGAACAGAGAGCCAUUGCCAAGAUUAAGAUGCUGGGGAACAUCAAAUUCAUUGGAGAACUUGGCAAGCUUGAUCUUAUUCAUGAAUCUAUCCUUCAUAAGUGCAUCAAAACACUUUUGGAAAAGAAGAAGAGAGUCCAACUCAAAGAUAUGGGGGAGGAUUUGGAGUGCCUCUGUCAGAUAAUGAGGACAGUGGGACCUAGAUUAGACCAUGCAAAAGCCAAGUCCUUAAUGGAUCAGUACUUUGCCCGAAUGCGCUCCUUGAUGUCAAGUAAGGAAUUGCCAGCAAGGAUUCGUUUCCUGCUGCAGGAUACUGUGGAGUUGAGAGAACACAACUGGGUUCCUCGCAAAGCUUUUCUUGACAAUGGACCAAAGACUAUCAAUCAAAUCCGUCAAGAUGCAGUAAAAGAUCUGGGAGUUUUUAUUCCUGCUCCUAUGUCUCAAGGGAUGAGAGGCGACUUCUUUCUGGAGGGACCCUUUAUGCCACCCAGGAUGAAACUUGACAGGGACCCACUCGGAGGGCUUGCUGAUAUGUUUGGACAAAUGCCAGGUAGCGGAAUUGGUACUGGUCCAGGGGUUAUUCAGGACAGAUUUUCACCCACCAUGGGACGCCAUCGUUCAAACCAACUUUUCAAUGGCCAUGGGGGUCACCUCAUGCCUUCUGCUCAAUCACAGUUCGGAGAUCUAGGCAAAUCUUUUCUGAAAAAUCAGGGGCAAAGCCAGCUCUACCAUAACCAGAAUCAGGGACUCUUAUCCCAGCAACAAGGACAGUCGAAGGAUAUGCCACCUCGGUUUUCUAAGAAAGGACAGCUUAAUGCAGAUGAGAUUAGCCUGAGACCUGCUCAGUCUUUUCUAAUGAAUAAAAACCAAGUGCCAAAGCUUCAGCCCCAGAUAACUAUGAUUCCUCCCAGUGCUCAACCACCACGCACUCAGACACCACCUUUGGGACAGCCUCCUCAACUUGGUCUUAAAACAAAUCCACCGCUUAUACAAGAAAAGCCUGCGAAGACCACCAAGAAACCACCUCCGUCUAAAGAAGAGCUACUUAAACAAACUGAAGCCGUUGUGACUGAGUAUCUGAACAAUGGAAAUGCUAAUGAUGCUGUCAAUACUGUGAGAGAAAUGAGAGCUCCAAAACACUUCAUUCCUGAGAUGCUGAGCAAAGUAAUCAUUCAGUCCCUAGAUAGAUCAGACGAAGACAAAGAGAAAGCAAGUACUCUGAUAAGCUUGCUCAAGCAGGAGGGAAUAGCCACAAGUGACAACUUCAUGCAGGCAUUCCCGAAUGUAUUGGACCAGUGCCCCAAACUGGAGGUGGACAUCCCAUUGGUGAAAUCAUACUUAGCACAGUUUGCAGCGCGUGCCAUUAUUUCAGAACUGUUAGCUAAGUUACAAGAUCGUGAAUGGCUAACAGAAUUGUUUCAACAAAGCAAAGUGAAUAUGCAGAAAAUGUUACCAGAAAUUGACCAGAACAAGGACCGCAUGCUGGAGAUCUUAGAAGGGAAGGGACUUAGUUUCUUGUUCCCGCUUCUGAAACUGGAGAAGGAACUGCUAAAGCAAAUAAAAUCGGAUCCAUCCCCUCAAGCCAUCUAUAAGUGGAUUAAAGAUAAUAUUUCACCCAAACUUCAUGUAGAUAAGGGAUUUGUGAAUAUAUUGAUGACCAGUUUCUUGCAGUAUAUUUCUAGUGAAGUAAACCCACCUAGUGACGAAUCGGAUUCUUCAUCUGCUCCAUCUAAAGAGCAGCUAGAGCAGGAAAAACAACUGCUUCUUUCCUUCAAGCCGGUAAUGCAGAAGUUCCUCCAUGACCAUGUUGAUCUGCAAGUGAGCGCUUUGUAUGCGCUCCAGGUGCACUGCUACAACAAUAACUUUCCGAAAGGCAUGUUACUGCGCUUCUUUGUUCAUUUCUAUGACAUGGAGAUCAUUGAAGAAGAAGCCUUCUUGGCAUGGAAAGAAGAUAUUACUCAAGAGUUUCCAGGCAAAGGCAAAGCUUUAUUCCAGGUAAACCAAUGGUUAACCUGGUUGGAAACUGCCGAAGAAGAAGAAUCUGAAGAAGAAGCUGACUAAAGAACCAGCCAAAGCCUUAAAUUGUGCAAACAUACUGUUGCUAUGAUGUAACUGCAUUUGACCUAACCACUGCGAAAAUUCAUUCCGCUGUAAUGUUUCACAAUAUUUAAAGCAGAAGUAUGUCAAUAGGAUAUCCUCUGCAAAAGGUUUUUGUAGUAUGUCUUAAUAGUCUACAAUAAAAAUAUUUUAGAGUAUCUUUAAUGUGUAGGUAACAUUGUAUUAGCAGCAUGCAAUAAUUACAUCAUAAGUUCUCGAGCAGAAGCAGUCUGUUGCAAGGGUCUUCUUUGCUGCCAGUUAUCAUAGGCUGUUUUUAAGUUAGAAAACUGAAUAGCAACACUGAAUACUGUAGAAAUGCACUUUGCUCAGUGUAAUACUUGAGUUGUUGCAAUAUUUGAUUAUCCAUUUGGUUGUUACAGAGAAUCCUUAACUGUAAUCGAUGGUUGUUGCCGUAAUAGUAUAUUGCCUGUAUUUCUACCUCUAGUAAUGGGCUUUAUGUGCUAGGUUUUAAUAUCCUUGAGCCUGGGCAAGUGCACAAGUCUUCUAAAAAGAAACCGUUUACUUGCACAAAUACUGAUCAGCUGAAAAGAUGGUUUAAUGCCCUUUGGAAGAGGUUUUCGUGGGUGUGAAACAUGACAUGGUGAGAAAUUUGAAUUGGUCCCUCUAUAGUACUGAAAUUAAAUCUACUUAAUUUAUCAAGACAUGUUCAUGCCCUGAUUUUAUAUACUUGUAUCUAUCAAUAAACAUUGUGAUACUUGA